AUGACGAUCGAUCGGUUUUCGCUGGGCAAGUCAUUCGACCUCAUCUAUCGUGCCCUGUGCGGGUGCGAGUUGGUCGACUCGAUCUCGGACAAGAACGGCUGGCUACCGUACUGCUGCGAUAUUAGCGCGCGUUACGUCGAGGAGCUGCUCGCGUCGCUUCUGUUAUAUCUCAUCUAUAACACCAGACACGGUCUCAUGCUGCCCUACUACACCAAAAAAAUCUAUCAUCGUGUGGGCUAA